GCCGGCAUGGAGGUGAAUGGCAAGAAGCCGUACGUCAUCGCGGUGAUCAUACAGGUCAUCGCCACCGGCAUGCUCGUCACCUCCAAGGCGGCGUACAACCAGGGGUUCAACACCUACGUCUUCGUCUUCUACCGCCAGGCGGCCGCGUCUCUUCUCUUGCUGCCUCUUGCCAUUGUCCUCGAAAGGAAAAACAUGCGGUUAAUGUCGUUCCAGUUGCUAAUGAAGCUGUUCCUCUAUGCCUUACUCGGGACUACAUUUAGCUUGAAUCUGUACAAUGUGAGCCUCAAGUUAACAUCUGCAACCGUGGGGUCUGCAACCAGCAACUCCAUGCCCGUGGUCACCUUCUUCAUAGCGCUACUGCUGAGGAUGGAAGUGGUGAAGCUGAGGAGCCCCUCGGGAAUGGCCAAGGUGGCCGGCGUCGGGCUCUGCCUCGCCGGGGUGCUCGUCAUCGCCUUCUACGUGGGUCCGUCCCUGGACCCGGUGAACCAUCACCGCGCCUUUGCUGUCGCAAACGGAGAGGCUGGUGCGAAGAGGGGGACGUGGAUCCUGGGCACGUUGCUCAUGGUGCUCGUCAACGUGACGUGGUCCCUGUGGAUCGUCCUGCAGGCCGCGCUGCUCAAGGAGUUCCCCCACAAGCUGCUCGUCACGGCGACGCAGUGCGUCUUCAGCGCGGCGCAGUGCUUAGUCGUCGCGGCGGUCGCCGAGAGGGACUUCUCCAGGUGGCAGCUGGGGUUCGACGUCACAUUGGUCGCCGUCCUCUACACCGGGUUUGUGGUGACGGGAGUGUCGUACUACCUGCAAGCAUGGUGCGCCGACAUGAGAGGGCCGGUGUUCCUCGCCGUGUGGAACCCGCUCUGCUUCGUCUUCACCAUUUUCUGUUCCUCCUUCUUCCUCGGGGAGAUUGUUCACCUCGGCAGUAUCUUGGGUGGAAUUCUUCUCGUUGGAGGUCUGUACAGCGUGCUGUGGGGUAAAAGCAAGGAGAAUCGGACUGGGCCAUGUGGCGAGCCGAUUAUGAUGAUCCAUGGCGUGGGUGACGGGAAAUCUGCAGAUGAGGAGGAGAAGAAUGCGAGGAGCAAACAAGUUAACGGGGAGAUGGAACACGAUAAAGAAGCAACGAUAUUGCCUGCUGAACAAGUCUGAUUUGAUCGACUAAAGGAAGCUCCUUCUUCUCAUGGGAUGCAUCCAUUAUUCGAGUAACUGUGGACUCUGUCCAAUUUAAACCACAUAGCAGGGGAACAGAAAAACAGGUUGUAUUAAAAU